UUUCCAAAUUUCUUGCCAGUUCCAAGUCCGGUGCAGACUAGGUCACGUCACAGCUCAGGAGCUUCCAUCGUCAGUGUUAAGGCUAAAAUCGAUGAGCUGGGCAGAAAGGGUUCUGAGACAGGGUUGCCUAGUACAUUUGGAGCAGCAGCAAGAAGCAGGCUGGAAACUGAAGAAGAGGAACAAUGGCAUGUCAGCUUGAGGCAGAAGUUUAUGAAGGAAUAUAAGCAGUACUUAAUCUCAGAGCUGGGAUUCGUCAAGUUAAAUAUGCAGCCUUCCAUGCAGAGAAGCCAUAGCCGAGCACAUGGAUCCAGUGUGUUAAGCCAAGGUUCCUUUGAUGGCAAGGACAGUAGAGUUCCUGCUAUAAAUCUGCAGAAGACUUUGACUGGGGGGAUUAUCUUGAUGGAGCUGAGCUUCAGACAGGAGUUCUUCUGUGUCAGAAUGUUUGCUGUGGACUGCUCUCAGCUUGGCUUCAUUGUUAAUCAACAGAUGCACCUGAUCUUCGUUGAUGAAUGUGACAAGUACAAAGACCUGAUUCAUGUCCACUCAUUUGCCCACGACUUCCACCUGCGCUGUGUCAUGAAGUAUUUGAGCCAACAGGAGGACUCUGUGUUCCCUACAGGCUUUGAUCUGGACAAUUUCCUGACCGACUUCAAGCAGAUUUACCCAUACCCUCCCAGCUUUUCCAGAAACUGCAUGAAACAAGACUCCAUCACACUGCCGGACUUGCCGUUCCCAGGCAACAUGCUUUAUGAGGAGCACAUGUUGAAGCAGAUGGGCGUCCAUGAGAUGCGGGUCUUUAGAAUGGGAGAGAAGUUUGCCCUGGUCAAGCAUGACAAGCUCCCGCUGGCAAUCUAUAGCCGUGAUGCAGGAGAUGAUCAAGACGAAGAAGCAGAGGUCUAUGACGCUGGCCUGGUGAUCAUCAACAACUCCUGUAAAAGUGGCAUGUCAGAGGAUCCCAUGAAGCUGAUCCUGAAGUACUUCACGGUGUUGACCCGGCAGCGAGACUGCUAUCCCAUCAGGACUUUAGAGAAGGCAUUUGGGGAAUUCAGAGGUGCUGCUGGACAUUCGUCUGGCAGAAAAAGAUCUGCUGGGUCAGAAGACUUGCUGAAGAUAGAGGAGCAAGAGGAGCUGGACUCUAGUAUGCCAGUGCCUGUGAGGCAGCACAUUGGUAUGAGGAAAGAACAUGUCAACUACAGGGGCUACUCAAAUGUCCAGCAAUUUGUUCUUUUCAGUUCAUUGUUGAAUCAAAGCACAAUUGGCAGGGAGAAGAUUUUGGAGAUGGUAGAAAUGUCAAAGCAGAAGUGUCGCAGAGAUUAUCUCUGGCAAAGGCUGCUCACUUCACAUUCAGAUUUUGAUGAGGGCAAGAGGCGCCGCCUUGAUGCCGAUGAUGCAAAUGAAAGUGUUCUAAGUCCACUGAGUUCACAUGAGUUCUGUGAGCUUCUUAAGACAGUUGCCAUAUCCUCCCUGUGGGAGAUUGAUCCCCAGCUGUCUCCACUCUUCCACAUGCCCCACCCUUGGUAUAGAGGCCUGUUCUCGGCUCUAGUCAACAAAUACCCUGAAGCACAUCGAUGUUUUUCCAGUCCUGACAGAAAGACACAGUAUAUUGUUGUUUUAAAUGCCAACAAUCUUGAUAUGUUUGCAAUGCUGUCUCUCAAUGAUUCAACGGAACAGACGGACAUGUGUGUGGUGAUGAAGGAGCCGGUGGCAGAUGAGUUCAAGCAUUCCCCCGACAAGCCAAACUUACCCUUGUACAGCCUGCUGACUCAUGUGGAGGAUUUUGUCAAUGUCUGCUGCUGGCACUGCUGGAACUCCAUGGUUGUGUAG